CCUGAUAGUCAGUUUGAAAGGAGACCGUGCUGUCUGUGUGUCACCGAGGCUCAUUAAUGAAACUUCUAGCUUGUGCUCCACGCUGCAGCUGCUCUGUGUGAGCAUGUUCUGGACUCAAUGACUGACUGACGCUGACUCUGCGUUGGCAGGCGACGGCAACGGUGAGCUCUCUCUGUCUGAGCUGAAAUGAAGUGCUAAAUGGUACACGUGAAGGAGUUCCUUAAGCGUGACUAGCAGAAGGCAAGGCGACCCCCACACAGACAACACCGGGAGAAGCCCCGGGUGCAGCUCUGAGGCGGCUCAGCAGACACACAGCCAUGGCUAACAUCGCGGUCCAAAGGAUCAAGAGAGAGUUCAAAGAAGUUCUCAAAAGCGAGGAGACAAGUAAAAACCAGAUCAAAGUUGAUCUGGUAGACGAGAACUUCACAGAACUGAGAGGUGAAAUAGCAGGACCACCAGAUACACCUUAUGAAGGUGGCAGAUAUCAGCUUGAAAUAAAAAUCCCAGAAACCUACCCAUUUAACCCCCCAAAGGUGCGCUUCAUCACAAAGAUCUGGCAUCCUAACAUCAGCUCAGUGACCGGAGCAAUAUGUCUGGACAUUUUAAAAGACCAGUGGGCAGCUGCUAUGACCCUGCGGACCGUGCUGCUGUCCCUACAGGCUCUUCUUGCUGCAGCAGAACCAGAUGACCCACAAGAUGCAGUAGUUGCAAACCAGUACAAGCAGAACCCAGAAAUGUUCAAACAGACAGCGAGGCUGUGGUCACACGUCUACGCCAGCGCUCCGGUCUCCAGUCCGGACUACACGCGAAAAAUAGACAAACUCUGUGCCAUGGGCUUCGAUAAGAAUGCAGUAAUAGCUGCUUUGUCUUCAAAAUCCUGGGACGUGGAAACGGCGACAGAACUUCUCCUCAGCAACUAGGACCCAUCCAGGUGUGAAGAUCCAGAAAAUAAAAAAUAAAAAAAUAACAGAAAUAAAAACUCCCGUCAUCAGAGCACCUCAGCUCCUCCGGGCACCAUGCCAACCUCACAUUUUGCUAAGCAGUCACAAACAUUCAGCACAGCACAUUAGAGGUUUGCUACAAACACCAGUAGCACCACAGUUGCCAAUAUGUUCACCGCUCUGUUGCCUGUCCAUCACACCAAGGAUUUCCCUUUUAUUUACUCUUAAAUGUGUUUAUAAAACCCAACAAACUCAGCCCCUCAUUUUGUUUCCCUUUCUCCCCCAAAAGAAACAUUUACUUUGCCCGUUUUCACCAUUUGCACUGUUAUUUUGCUCAAACAGUUGUCUGUUGAAUUUCUGCAGGGUAAAACACGAGGGGAGCCACACAUGCUGUUUUCUACCUAACUACAUGUUCAUUUAGUAGGGAGUUGGACUUUACAUCAUAUUCUCUCCUACACUCUCAAUGCUGUAAAAGCUGGAUAUAAAAUACUUGACUUGGAUAGUGCUGAGCAUUGGGCAGUGUGCCGGGUUUUUCCUGACCUGUUUGAUGUUCCGACCCGCUGCAGGAGUUUGGUCGACGCAUUUUGUACAUUCAACCAGGAAAAGCCCAGCACAUCCAUAUCCUCCACCAUUUGCACACAUGCACAAGAAACAAGAGUUAGCUGUAAAUAAUGUGUGUAAAUUUAAAUCUAUAUUGGGGAUAUUCUUUUUUUUUUUUAUUAUUUUUUCUUACAUUGUAAAACUAGUUAUUCUAAAUACGAACUAUGCCUACUUUCCGGUUGGACUUUUCAUGCAUUUAUAAUCCAUGAGAAGUCCCACAAAAUGUUUUUUUUUUUCUUAAAAGAGGUCGUACCCUCCAAAAUCCCAAUCUGUACAAGUCAUAACACGCCAGCUCCUCUGCUAUGCCACAAUCAAAUAUUUUCUAGUGUCUUUUAUUCUUGCAUGUUGUUUUUGCCUUUAACUACAGUUGGCCAAAUUGUUUAGUGGGAGUUUGUUCAUUUGAACAUUUCCUUUAAAAAACAAAAACAAAAAAAAAAUCACAAAAACCACAAAGUAAAGCCAAUUUGAGCUUUGUUCUUCCUGCUCUUUGAACAGUUUUUUUGUUUUUUCUAGAGCAGGCGAGCGACCGUUGGGUAUGAAUGUUGAGGUUGAUUUAGGUUUGUAAAGCUGCAGUGAUCGCCUGUUGCAACCAGAUUAAAAAUGCAUUGUAUAGUUGA